AUGGCAACGCGGAUUCUCUCCCAAGUCCUUACCCAGGUUGCAUUGAGGCCUCCUCACUUACUGCUCUUCGAGCUCCUAAUUAGCUCUGCCACCAUUGGCUUCACAUCGCCUCAUUCUUUAGUGUGUCCGGCAGCCGUCCCACUGUUGGGCGUCUGUGUGUACUCAAUCGUGCGCACAUCCACGCUCUAUAUGAGAUCGCGCUGGGCCGCUCUUCGAGGCGGCUUCAGCUUUACCAUACUCCUUCAGUACCUGGACCUCGCCGUAAUCAAUGGUUCCUCAAAAGAAAUAUUACUAGACCGCUUCAAAUUCGGCUGGAACUCUAUGUGGGCUUUCCGCCGCGUAGGCAUGCUCGAAGAGGCCAAGAAUGUACCGCCUUUCUCCAACACGGACCGAAGCUAUAUUCCCUCUCGAUGGGCGUUUGUUUCCAGACAAGCCGCGGCCGCAUUUACCUGCUAUCUUCUGCUCGACAUGUUGGGGUCGCGAAAACCACCGGCGAACGCGCGCGAACUGUUCAAUCCGGAGCUGGUACUGCUCUUCGCGCGGCUCAGCGGUGUUACGGCAGCAGAGAUCAAGCGCCGGGCUCUUGCCAUCGCUGGAUUUGCCGUCACCUUCUACUGUGUAAUCCAGGGCUUCCAGUCCCUCUCAGCGACUGUAGCAGUUGCACUCGGCCUUUCCAAAGUCGAAAACUGGCGCCCUGCCUUCGGCUCGGUCGCCGAUGCCUACUGCUUGAAGAACGUAUGGGUCAAGUUCUGGCACCAGCUGCUCCGCCGGCCGCUGACGGGGCCAUCUUCUGCCAUUGUUCACGAUGUCCUUAGGCGUCCCCGAGGCUCUCCGCUUGCAGGCUCAGUCACUUUGAUUCUGACGUUUGCGCUCUCCGGAGCUUUACAUACAGUUGCUGGCGUCGCAAGUGGAAUGCCAUUGCGGAAGCUUGGGGUGUUCAGGUUCUUCUGCACGCAGGGUUUCGGUGUGCUGCUAGAGCAAGCUGUCGUUUCUAUCUUUCGACGGGAGAACGGUCAAGGAAAAGAGAGCAUGAGACCACCUAUCGCACUCAGAGCCUUGGGAUAUGCCUGGGUAGCGGCAUUCAUGACAUGGAGUGGGCCGGCUUGGAUUUACCCUCAAGCGGCGAGGCAGUCUACUGAAGCUGCGGCCAGCAUACUACCGUUCAGCAUGGUAGAGGUGGUGAGAAAGAUGAGAAGCUACUCGUAG